AAUGAAGAUCUCAAAUCUUGUGUUUAUCCUCACCAUUAUUUCAAUGUGCAGCAUUUGCUUGGCACAGAGCUCCUCAAAAGAUUUCCUUGACGAGCACAACAAAGCUCGUAAAGAGGUUGGUGUUGAACCAUUGGUAUGGAAUGAAACCCUUGUGACCUAUGGGCAGAAUUACGUGAACUCGAAGAAAAAAACCUGCGAAUUUGAGCACUCUAUGGGGCCUUAUGGGGAGAACUUGGCGAUGGGAUAUGGUGAAUUUAGUGGCAGGGACUCGGUGAAAAUGUGGGUGGGAGAGAAGCCAAAUUAUGAUGAGAAGAGCAACAAGUGUGUUAAGGAUGAGUGCUUACAUUACACUCAAGUGGUUUGGAAGGACACAAAGAGUGUUGGAUGUGCUAGAGCCAAGUGUGACAAUAAUGCUAUUUAUAUCAUCUGCAACUAUUACCCUCCAGGCAAUUAUAUCGGAUCCCGACCUUACUAACAUUUUAUAGUAACCAACACCAUAACUAUAUCACUUCCUAUAAGUAACUUUAACUUUUCUUGUUAUUACAAUUUUGUAGUAAUAUAUAUUUUUGAAAUCUCUGUAUCACAUGAUGAUGAAUUUUUGAAUUGUAUGA